AUGGGCAAUGUGAAUACUCUGAGAAAUUAGAAAUCAGCUGUUCAUUAAAAGAAAGAAUAUGUGCUAAAUGAUAUUCAAUUAAAAAUUCAAUAGAACCUAAAUAAAUAGAAAAAGAGCGUAAAUUCUUAGUUAAAAACAUCUUAAACGAGGAUAGAAUGUAGUAAAAAUAAGAAAAAUAAUUUAGGUCCUUUAAAUACGAAUAGAAUUUAAUGUUAAUCUGGACGAAGUUUAUUGGAAGAUUAACCCAUACUUUUUUAUAGAUGAAAUAAAAUGUUUUCAAUAUAUUAAUUAUUUUACUUAUGCAAAUUCAUCCAAUUCAAGCUAUAAAUACUACUACAAAAGAGGAUUCUUAAAUUCACAUAAAUGGAAGUGAAGAGAAAUUAUUAAAGACUAAAUAAACAAUACUAGAUCGUUCACCAGUAAAUUAGGAAGCAUUGAAUACUUAUCUAAAAAGUACUCAUCCUACUGAUCCUGAUGAUAAAUUCUAUGAUUGUUCAAACUGUUAUGAUGUGGAUGUAGGUUUCAAUUGUUGCUGUAGUACAGAAUUUUAAUCUGACAUAAAUUAAUAUGGAGCUGGUAUUACUAUAUAUUUUAGAUUUCUCAAAUAAGUAUUACAUCAUAGAUAAUAAUGUAGAUCAUUUUAUACUUUUUACUAUUUGCUAUAAUGAGCAUACCUUAAUUGAUCUUUUCCUUAUCUUGUGUUUAAGAUACCUUAACCCUCAAUUCAAUGCUAAUGGGAACAACACUAGGAUCAUUGAGUCUGUAAGGAGAUUCUUGUAUCAAAAAGUCUUGGGAUGAUGUUAUUUAAAAUGUAUAAAUCAAUAAUUCAUAUAUAGAAUGAUUUGACUCUUGAUUAAGCUACUAUCUUGUAGAAGACUACAUUUUAAUGUAAAUCUGGAACAAUAUCAGCUUAAAAUUUUGUGUUAGGAUUUAUAUAAGAAGAUAGGAAUUCUAUCCCUUGUACUUAAUAUGAUCCAUCUUAAGCUAUUACUAAUUGCACUAAUUUAAAUGCAUUUGCAGAGAUAUAAAAUUAAUGUAUAGGAUACUAAUCUUGUGAAUUUAUUAUUAAAGAAUCUUUGUUUGACAAUUGUCCUAAUAUGCAUAAAGAUCAUAUAGUUUAUGCUUAUUCUUUUUGCUAAGAUUCUGAAUUCUCGAUAGGAUCAAUAAGUAUUAAGAAUAAUACAGUUUCUAUAAUUUGUGCAUAUAUUGAUUUGGCUAUUAUAUUGAUAUCUACUAUCUUUCUCUUUACGUAAAUAUUUAUAAUUUAAUUUCAAGCUUGGAAAGAUAAGAAUAAGAAACUAUGAAAAAUGUGAAUGAGAGUGAAGUUUUUGUUGAAAACUUUUCUUUGGAAUUUCAAAAUCUACCUGAAUGCUCUGAUCCCAGAGAGUUGUUUUAAAAAUUAAUAGAAAUCGAGUUAUAAUUAGCUAAGAAAUUUCCUCAAAUUUCAAGCUUUCAUAUCGUUGAUAUUUAAUUCUCGAAAGGAAAUAAAUCAGUAUUAAUAGGAGAAGAGAGAGCAUAGACAAUAAAAAAAAGAAAUAAUCUUGUUAGAAGAUUUGAAAAUAAAUUUAAAGUUUCUGUAGUUACAUCAAUGGAUUUAAAAUAAAACUUAGCAACUGCUGUAUUGACAUAAACAUUGAGUUAAUUGUAAUAAAAAGAUAAUGCAUAAGAGUUAAUAGGUGAAAUUGAAAAAUUAGAAAAUCAAAUUUCUGAUUAUGACAAUUAAAUCUAAGAGCCAGAAGAACUUAAUGAGAUUAUCAAAUAUGCUUGGAUCACAUUUGAAACUAUUGAAUAAAGAAAUAUGGCAUUCUUUGUUUAUUAAUAAGACUAUUUACGAGAUUUAUUUUCAUGUUGUGGAUGCAAUGAAAUUUUGAAAAUAGACAAUGCCAUAAUCAAAGCAUAACCAGCCCCUCCUCCUGAUGAUAUUAAUUGGAUGAACUUACAGUAUAGUACAAUAGAAUUGAUAGCUCGCAGAACUCUAAGUUUUAUGCUUACUUUUGUACUGAUGAUUUUUACUAUUGCAGCCAUUAUUUUUUUGAAGUACUAUAUCUUAUUAAUUCAGAUUAAAACAAUUAGAUUAUUAAUCUAAUUAUCCUGAACCAAAUUGUACAAUGUACUCUAAAAUAACUGAGAACGAUGUUAUUGAUGAUUAAUAGAAAAAGAAUUUCAAAUAAGGAUUACUUGAAUGUUAUUGCAAAGAAGACUUCCUUAAUAGAAUCAAUAUGACAUUUAGCAAUGGUGAACAAUUAUGUUAACAAUGGUUUAAUGAUUAUGUUAAAAUUGUUGGAUGGCCAUUCUUAAUUGUAAUUGUCAUUAUAUUCAUAAAUCAAGUCAUUUAAUUAAUAUUUACAAGUAUAUUUUCAAUUCAUAAUUAUUAUUAGAAUUUGCUGAAUUUGAAGCUCAUCGCUCUAAAUCAAAAUAAUUAUCCUCUCGACUUUUGAAGGUAUUUAUUGUGUAAUACAUAAAUACAGCUUUAGUAAUUUUGAUUAUCAAUAUCAAAUUUACAAGCGAAUUAAAUUUAUCAUCAUUUUCAGUAUGGUUAAAUGGUAAAUUUGAUGAUAUCAAUGUUUAAUGGUUUAAUCAAGUAGGAACAACUAUAGUAAUUAAUAAAUGUUAUUUUUAGUUAUUGACUAUGGUUAUAUAUAUUAUAGGCCCAUUAAUAAAUAUUAUGAUAAGCAGUUUGAUUAGGUGCUUUAAAAAAUGUUUUGAUUAAUGUGGAUUGGAUGAAGGUCAAUUUACAAAAAAAUUAACUCAAUAGGAUUUGAAUGAAUAUUAUACAGGUUCCGAUUUCAACGUAGAAUUAAAAUACUCCUAAAUUCUAACUGUUAUUUGUGUUAAUUUCUUAUAUAGUUCAGGAAUGCCUCUAUUGUAUUUAACAACAGCGCUUUUUCUCUUCAUUACCUUUUGUUCAGAUAAAUAUUAUUUAUUACAUUUUUGUAAGAUUCCACCAAAAGUGGAUGAUAGUAUUGCAAAAUUGGUUAGAUAGAUAUUAAAGUUACUUUUAAUUUGGCAUACAAUAUUUUCAAUUUGGAUUUAUGGAUCAACUAAAUUGUUUCCUGAAACAGUAGAUUUUACUAAAUCAAUAUAAUCUUCUUCAAUAGUUCAAAAUGCUUAAAAUGAUGUAUUUGGAGAAUUCUUUACAAGAGCCAUAACAAGUUAAUGCAUUGGUUUAACUUGUAUGUUGAUUUUACUUAUCUUAUAUUAUAUUCUUUGGCCAUACUUAAUAAGCCCAAUUUUGAAAACAAUCUUUUUCUUUUGUUACAGUGAAUCAACAUUAUUUGAUAAAGUGGAAAACACUUUUAUAUCAAUGCAAUAAUCUCUUUAUGAAUGUAAAUGAAAUUAAUUUAUUUUUAGUGUAUUCGUAAAAUUAAGGAAAUCAAUUAAAGGAACUCUUAAGAAUUUAAAGGUAAGAUGCUUAGUAAAAAGGACAAUAAUAAUUUGCAUUAUUAAUGGGAGAACGAUUAGCAAGAUUGCAAGCACUUAAGUUUUUUAAGGGAUUAAUAAAUGGACUUCAUUCAUAUGACAUUGUAUUGAAUCCUAAGUAUUCUUAAUAUCACAACCUUUGA